AUGCCCUCAUAUGCGAAGUUUCUAAAAGACAUCUUGGCGAGGAAAAGGGUUGUGGAAAAGGAAACAGUAGCCCUUAGUACCGAGAUCAGUGCUGCAAUCAUGAAGCAUGAACUUCCCCCAAAAAUGGCUGAUCCGGAAAGUUUCUCUAUCCCUUGUAAGCUAGGAAACAUCGACAUCGAUCGAGCCUUGUGUGAUCUUGGAGCGAGUGUAAGUUUAAUGCCCUUGUCAAUCUACAAGAAAAUGAACGUCGGUGAGCUAAAACCGACAAGGAUGGCAUUACAAUUAGCGGAUAGAUCGAUCAAGUACCCAGCGGGAAUAUUAGAAGAUGUACCUUUGAAGAUUGCAACGGCGGAAGAAGUGAUCGGAGAAUUUUGUGAAGUAGAUCCGCUUGAAGCGUCACUAAUAGCCGUAGAAGCAAGUCUAUACAGCAAUUGGGAGGAGAUUGAAGAGAUAAGACGAGCGUGA